UUGGACAGUCUUUCUUUUCGAAUUUUGCUUUAUUCAAAAUUAUUAUUAUUUUUUUUUUCCCCUUUUUUGACUAGGAAACUGUUCAAUUUUGGAUCUGUCCGAUCCUUCCCACUUGUCCGCUUCCUACCUAUUCCUCCCCCUCCAGUCCGGGUACUGGGCCAGUCCAUCAGAUUGGCCCUCGGAGGACUCUUCAGACUUCGGGCACAACAGUGCAUGACACUGCUCACUCGAUCACAGACCAAGGCCAUGGACCGGAAGGCGGGAGAAUCCCUCCUGGCCUAUGAGGAACGCCUGACGGCAUUCAUUCAGGAGGCCAACGAUAGGGCYGCCGCCGCGGCCAAGGAACGUAAUCGGCUUGAACAAGAGGAGGAGGCCAAGCGACAGAAGGAGGAACAGGACCGACUUCGUCAAGAAGAGGCAGACCUGCAGGCGGCAGCCGAACACCGGUCACGCCAGCGGAAACGACUGUUCACGCGGGAGACCGUGAUCGGCGAUGAGGCCGCACAUUGGGUGGAAGAGGCAUCUACAGACGGGGCCCCAGAGACUGAGAAAGGGCUGUCAGCCCUUGCGCAGGUCUCCCACGACCUCGUGGCCACCUGCGCUCUGCAGCAGGAGGAAAUCCUUCACCUGCAGCAGAUAUUGAACCAGAUGCUCGCACGGCUGCAGGCGGUGGAGAAACAGCCAGCUGCUGUAGCAGUCGCAGGGCCUUCCAACCUUACCACCCGUGUGCAAGUUUUGGAGGAUAACGUCAGCAACAUCAAGCGUGUGCAUCAGGACUUCCGGACGUCGCAGCAAGCAACGAACUCGCAGUUGGAGACGCAGGUCCAGGCUGCUGCCACCGUGACGCCCGCCGCUGCAUCCUCUCGGCGCCCACCGAAACUAGAUGACAUUCCAGUUUUCUGCGAUCAGUCCAAGACGGAACCGAUCCCGUGGUGGCGCCAGUUUACUCUCAGGCUCAACAUGCACCAUGUCCCGAACAACGAUCGACAUCCGUGCUUGUACCACCGAUCUGGUGACGAAGUCGCGGUGGGGGACAUGCUUGGCUACGUUGCCAAGGUGGCCCGCGAGUUUGUCUCCCAACGGUACGAAGAAAACAACGCACCUAGCGCGGACCACACGGUCAAUUUCCAUCGACGCACGCUCACGAUUCGUGAUGCAACUGGCGCCGAGGUCCCGUGUACUAUUCCUCCUCGCUCUUCCAUUCGGUGCCAAGUCGUGAGUGCCAAAUCUUUUCGAGACACAUGCCGUUCCGAGCAUGUCGAAGACAUUGGCAUCGCUUUUCUUCGAACCGCCCCCACGACCGAUUCAUCGUCCACAGAUGUGUCUUCCGACCCCCGUGUGACCCGGUUGUUAGACGAGUUCUCGGAUGUUUUUGAGACACCCUCCGGUAUAGUGCCGGAACGGCCAAUCUCUCACGAGAUCAUACUUGAGGCCGGCGCCGUGCCACCGAAAGGAUGCAUUUACCGCAUGUCCGAGGAGGAGCUCACAGUUCUCCGUGCGCAACUCGACGAUCUACUUGACAAGGGUUGGAUCCGCCCUAGCAGCUCACUUUACGGUGCGCCCGUUCUCUUCGUUCGGAAGAAGAACAAGGACCUUCGACUUUGCAUUGACUACCGAYGCCUCAACGCGCAAACCAUCAAGAACGCGGGGCCUCUACCUCGCAUUGACGAUUUGCUUGAGCGGUUGGGUGGGGCCAAGUACUUUUCGAAGUUGGACCUCAAGUCGGGCUACCAUCAGAUUUCCAUCCGCCCGCAAGAUCGGUACAAAACCGCGUUUAAGACGCGAUAUGGGCAUUUUGAGUGGGUAGUUAUGCCUUUCGGCCUCACCAAUGCCCCGGCCACCUUUCAGGCGGCCAUGACCACCGAGUUUCGCGCUAUGUUGGACCGCUUCGUCUUGGUCUACUUAGACGACAUCCUCGUCUAUAGCCGAUAUCUCGAGGAGCAUCUCGAGCACCUUCAUCGUAUUCUAGAGACUCUUCGGUCAGCCCGGUACAAAGCUAACCGCGACAAAUGUGAGUUUGUCCGGCAAGAGUUUGAAUACUUGGGCCAUUUUGUCUGUCCGGAAGGCGUUCGUCCGUUGGCAGACAAGAUUCAAGCCAUCCAGGAGUGGCCCGAGCCGAAGAAUGUGACGGACGUCCGAUCCUUCCUCGGCUUGGCCGGUUAUUAUCAGCGCUUCAUCAAGGGUUACUCGAAGAUCGCGGCCAACCUAAGCAAGUUACAAAGCGAGGAGCGRCCUUUUGACUUCGAUGAYGACGCGCGCCAUUCUUUUGAGACACUCAAAGCGGCACUUUUGUCCGCCGAGGUGUUACAUAUUUACGACCCGCUUCUAGCUACGCGCGUCACUACCGAUGCGUCGGGCUAUGGCAUUGGGGCCAUCCUUGAGCAGCACGAUGGCACGGGCUGGCACCCGGUCGAGUACUUUAGCAAGAAAGUACCUCCCGUGCAUUCGGUCGACGACGCACGGAAGAAGGAGCUUCUUGCCUUCGUCCACGCCCUCAAGCGUUGGCGACAUUUCCUCCUUGGUCGGAAAGCAUUCCGAUGGGUAAUGGAUAACAAUCCGUUGGUAUUCUACAAGUCGCAAGACACGAUUAACAUGCCCCCUGGGCGACGGGAAGCAAUUGCUAUGGAUAUCACCGACCCCUUCCCGAAGCACAAGACCGGCGUUGAUGGGAUCCUCACGGUCGUCGACCGCCUCACCAAGUAUGCCAUGUUUUUGCCUUGCCGCUAUCACGCAAAGGCACCGGAGUUAGCCGAGGUCUUCUACACCGGUUGGAUUCGCUCCAAGGGCUACCCCAAGGAGAUCGUUUGCGACCGGGACACUCGCUUUCUCUCCGACUUUUGGGCCGCCCUCAUCAAGCGAUGGGGCUCAUCUUUGAAGCCGAGUUCGGCUCGCCACCCGCAAACCGAUGGUCAAACGGAAAGGGCGCAUCAGACCGCCCAAGUCCUUCUACGCACUCUMAUCCGUYCCGACCAGGUUGAUUGGGUUGAGCGCUUGCCAGACGUUGAGUUGGCUUACAACUCAUCGAUCCACCCGGCUAUCGGGWUGUCGCCAUUCGAGUUUGAGCAUGGUUCACCCAUCUCAUCGCCGCUGGACGCCACUUUGCCACACACAGCCGAGAGCGACGACCAUCUUGUGUUCCUUCGUCGCAUGCAAGAGCUUCUUGUCAAGGCACKGGAUCAGAUGUCAAAGAUGCAAAUACGGAUGAGUUGUCAAGCCAACCGCAAUCGCCUUCCUUGCCCGUUCCGCGUCGGCGAUCUGGUUUGGGUCUCCGCCRCGGAGUUCAGCCUUGAGCAAGACAUCUUUCGCAAGCUCCUUCCCAAGUGGAUGAGGCCUUGGCGCAUUCUCUCUGCAGUUGGUGAUGAUCCCGAGGGGCCUUCAUCCCGCAUCGCGGUGCCACCUCACUUUCUCGUCCACACGGUGUUCCACUGUUCCAAACUCGCUCCGUUUGUUUCAGCGGAGUCCGACGAGUUUCCCGGUCGACGUACGCAAGACCCUCCUUCCAUGGACGGAUUUCAGGAGGCCGGCUACAUCAUCACCGACCGGCGCCAUGGCAACAAAGAAACAGAGUUUCUGCUUCACUUUUCCUACUCCAGCUACAAGGCUGACCAUUGGCUGACGCGUUCGGAACUGCAGGCCACAAGCCCCGCCGUUCUCUCACGCUAUCUUAGCAAAGGGAAGACUACGCCAAGCUCUUCAGCUCCGCGCCAUCCUCGCUACAUUCCGCCAUCGGAUCGGCAACUUUGCCUGCGACCCGGCUCGUCUUCAUAAGGAGGGGGGCGUGUUACAUGCUGAGAGCCUACACACGGGCCCCUCACGGGACCCG